AUGAAUAAAAUGUUUAAAAUUUAAAUAAACAAACCGAAGUUUCAACUCUUAAAGUCAGCUAGUGGUGGUCUUCUAGUUUUAAUAAAUGAAUUCAAAUUGGAUUUUAUCCAAAGAUAAAAUGCAAACAACUAUUAAAGAACUUCUAGAUGCUUUGGGAGUCAACUUGGAAGCCGACACAGUUUUCGAUUUUAUACAAAAUGAUCCGAACUACGGUAACAGCAAUCACACACUGAAACAAGCGAACGAAUACGCACAAAGAUUAGCACUUAAAGCAUCUAAUUCUAAGGGAUUUUUAAAGAAAUAUGAGGAACUAAGGAACCGCAAUACUGAUAAUCUUUUUGACAUCAUAGCCCUAUUUUACAAAUUGGUAUGUGAAGAAAAAAAGUCUAAGAUGACAAAGCCAAAAGUAUCGCCCAAGCCAAUCUUGGGUGAUAAUAAACAUCAUUUCACUAAAGAAGAUUUACCUCAGAUUAAGGAUAAACUACUUAAAGCUGUGGAUCAAAGCAAAAAGUUUGUAAUGAAAUCUUUUGAAGAGAAAGAAACAAAACUCCGGCCUAAUUGGUAUAACACUUUGGACUUACCCAACUGGCAAAAAGAUUAUCCUGCUAUGUCUUGGGAUUUUCCUAAAGAGCCAUUACCUCUUGUAUCCUCCCUGGCUGGUAUUCCAGUUGCCUCACAGGAAAAUAUAAUAAUCGAUGAGCUUCUUUAUGUGUUUAGCGGCAUACCAGGCAACUUUAUUGUCCACCAAGCCGUAAAAAAUAAAUAUGAUCCUCGACAGUUCUUAAUAUCUGAUGAUCUUGAUGAUGCUUUUAAGCAGAUUGUUCAGCAAAUGUUGCCACUAGCAUCCAAUCAUUCUAUUGUUAGAAGAUUUAUAGAAAAUUGUGAUAUGUGGUCGGGACAGAUAUUGCAUGCUUUAGUAGCUGCUAUUGAAAUCUUGUUAAAAGACUAUUAUACGAUGGUGGCCCAGUUGGAGACAGAGCACAUGUCCGGUAACCUGACACUACAGAAGCUCUGGUAUUUCAUUUUGCCAACUAUGCACACGAUGCAAAUUCUCGCAGCAAUUGUUUCAAGUAUUGCAAAGAGCGAACUCCGUGGAGGUGCAGUGCUGACAGUGCUACACGAGAAAACAAAUUCGCUGAUGGGAGAUGCGCGUGCGCAAGAAAUAUCAUUGUUCCUAACGGAGCGCACAUGUCGUCCCUAUUUGAAUAUAUUGGACCAGUGGAUACACAAAGGAACUAUUACAGAUCCAUUCCAGGAGUUUAUGAUUGAAGAUAAUGAAUUGAUCAACAAAGAGGAAUUGCCUUUGGACUACUCCGCUGACUACUGGGAGAAGCGUUAUUGUGUGCAACAUGACAGAGUGCCAUGCUUCUUGGACAAAUUCACCGAUAUUAUUUUAAGGACUGGAAAAUAUUUGAAUGUGAUAAGUCAAUGUGGUAAGUCAAUCACAAAAACGAAUACUGAAGAAAUGAAAUACUCCAUGCGCGAGCAGAACUACGGCGCCACGAUACAGAAAGCGUACGCGUUUGCCAGCAAAUCCCUCCUCGAGCUGCUACUCAAGGAGUACGACCUGAUGGGCCGGUUGAAGUCGGUCAAGAACUACUUCCUGAUGAGCCAGGGCGACUUCAUUGUCCAGUUCAUGGAUGCGACCGAACAGGAGCUGUCUAAGAAGAUAGAUGACAUCAUUCCUUCUAAAUUGGAAUCUCUUUUGGGUCUUUGUUUAAGACUGUCUGCAGCAAGUUACGAUCCUUACAAUGAAGAUAUGAGAGUGGAGCUCUUACCUUACGAUCUUCAAUUCCAAAUGUUCAAGAUUUUGUCCAUAGAAACAGAAGAGGAAAAAGAAUACAAACAAAACAAGGAUUGUCCACCGUUGACCGGUAUAGAGACAUUCUCGUUCGGCAUGGAGGUGAAGUGGCCGGUGUCUCUCAUAUUGAACCACAAGGCCAUCGCUUGCUACCAGAUGAUUUUCAGACAUCUUUUCUACUGCAAACACGUCGAAAGACUACUAUGCAGGGUAUGGCUGUACAAUAAAGUGGUGAAGCGGUUCUCGGAGGCGCGGCAGUACGCUGAAGCAUUCGCGCUUCGACAGCGGAUGCUGAGCUGCAUUCAGCACCUGCAGUAUUACAUGUGUGUUGAAGUCAUCGAGCCCUCGUGGUGCCAGCUCAUCCACAGCCUGGAUAAGGUGAACAACGUGGACGAGGUGCUGGAGCGGCACAACGACUUCCUGGAGUCGUGUCUGGGUGACUGCAUGCUCACCAGCCCCCAGCUGCUGAAGGCUGUCACCACGCUGUGUCUGGUCUGUGUGCAGUUCUGCGCCUUCAUACAGGAGAUGCACAAGUACUUCGUGGACGCAGAGCUUAACAGUAUGCUUGGAUCGACGUAUGACAAUACGGAUUAUUCCGAGAGCGCGGGGUAUGGCGCGAGUACAGGCGGAUCUUCGGACUCGUUCGGUCGCUCCGUGUCGCGGUACGGGUUGCGGUUCUCUGCCGCGCUGCUCUCAGUACUGGCCAUCAUCGAGCGAAUGGCGCGAGACAAUAACACCAAUAAGCUGCUCAACAUAUCUGCCAGAUUGAACUUCAACACUUACUACGUGAAGCAGCUGGAAAAGUUCUGCGCUGAUGAUAGACUCAUGGAUGGAGAUAAGAAACAGAACGCGUCCUAGCGACGCGCCCGCAAGCGCGCACCGCUUGUUACCUCUGUGUGAAACUACCCUUAUAGUGAUGUACAAUGCGAUAUUCUAUGUAGGAUAUAUUUUUAAUGCUUGAUUAACUGAUAUAAUAAAUUUGAAACUAAAUUUGAUGUGAAUUCGGGGUCGAGACCUUUCUUAUACAAUAUAUAACUAAAAGUGUUAUACUUAGACAUAAACCCCCUUAUUCAUAAUGGUCCGCUAACUUUAAACAGCCGCUAAGGAGUGUUUUUUCUCAUUCUGACUUAGGACAAUAGAAGAAGACAGAGUGAGAAUUAGCAAUGCUUUAAGUUAGCAGACUAUUAUGAAUAAGGGGGAAAGUUGUAACAUUCGUGUGAGCUAAGCGGAUUGACUGAACUUAUCUUUUUACUUAGUGCAAUUGAGAAUAAUUACUUAAUGGGCUAAUUGAUACGUGCAAAAGUUACGCCCUUUUAAUUUGCAAAGAUGUCUUGCAACCAAAGGGCAAAAUUGCUUACAGCGUCAUUGACCAUGUCAUUAAUAUCGCCCAUUAAUUUUCUAAUGAACCUAUUAAUUAUUUUUUGGAACUAAUGUAAUACCUAAAGUAAUCAACAGUAAUUACCCGCUUUUUUGCAUUUUACUGCAGCCUCAAAUAAUUUUUGUCAUACAUACUGCGAUCUAUGUAUGUAUUAUUUAGAAUAAUAGUCGAAAUAUGGACCAUGCGACAAAUUAAACCAUUACCUAUAAGCUUCGAAUACUAUAUGUAUUAAUUGCCGCAUUUACUCCAGUCGUUAAAAAUAAUAUAUAGUAAUAUAAAACAUAUAUUCAGUUCAGAUUUGAUUCGGACAGUGACAGUUGACACACGACUAAGAAGAAAUUAAGUGUGCUUAAGUUGUCUUUAAGCACACUUUUGCUGUUCCGCUUUCAGACUACCAAUGAUACAUCAUUAUAUGUGUAUAGAUCGUCAUUGAUGAAAAAUUUGGUGUUGUGAUCAAUAAAUAUCUCUGUAGAGUAUUGUAUUUAUGUGACGUAAUGGUAAGACCGCGUUAGGCCCGGUAUCCACCAAAGCGGUGAGGAGAGGAGAAGAGAGGAGAUGUGAGCUGUGUUUACAGCAACGCUUUCGGGUGUACGAGGGGAGAAGGCAGUGGGGAUAAGGGCCUCGCCCUUUUCAUUGGUUAUGAUAAUACAUCUCCUCUCCGCUUGAUCCAUUUCCACCGAAACUAAGCGGAGAGAAGAUGCGGAAAUAACGAAAUCUAAUUGGUUAUCAAAAUACACUUCCUCUCCUCUUCGCUGUCGUGGAUACCGGGCCUAAGGUAGCGCGUGCCGGGAUAAUGAAGUUCCUUAUUGCGAUUAUUUCAUAUCUCCAUUUAAAUAACUAGGCUAAGGUGUGCAGCCUAAAGUUAGUCAAUAAUUUAGAAUAUUAUAUAAUAAAUAUAAUAAAAAAUCAAAUAAUUGAUCAAAUCCCACUGAUAGUACCGUAGAUAAGCGCGUUAAAAGAAACUCAAUUUAAAAAAUCUUCAGCUUUAUAAUAAUAAUAGGAUAGAUUAUUCGUACUAGUAGAUGGUAGAUUAUUCUAAAAGUCUGGCAACUGUUAUAAAGAUACCAUCAAUGUAGUUUUUGUGUGAAAAUAAAACAAAAUCAGUAAAUAUAAGUGAUUAACAUCGCUAGUCAGUAUUGCCAUAUUUUAUAAAUAUUCGAACGGCUCACAAAACGUUUUUAAUUGCGUUGAGAGUUAAAAAAAUCUUCAGUCUUUAAAUUAAAUUCUUCGUAUGUUAUAUAGAUGAAAAUGUUUCGUGGUUUUUACGAUUGUCGUUUACCUCGUAGAUAAUAAUUCGGUACCAAGUAAGUACAUGCUAAGCUCAUUGUCACUCAGAGGGCAAUGGAGAGGGCUAUGCUUGGAGUUUCCCUGCGAGAUCGAAUCAGAAAUGAGGAGAUCCGUAGGAGAACCAAAGUUACCGACAUGGUCCAAAUGAUUGCGAAACUGAAGUGGCAGUGGGCAGGGCACAUAGUUCGACGAACAGAUGGCCGUUGGGGCAAAAAAGUCCUCGAAUGGCGACCACGUACCGGAAGACGUAGUGUUGGUAGGCCCCCCACAAGAUGGACCGACGAUCUGGUCAAGAUCGCCGGAAUAAGUUGGAUGAGUGUCCUCGCAGUGCUGUCGCAUAGGACCGAUCGUCAUGGAAAUCUUUAGGGGAAGUCUUUGUCCAGCAGUGGUUGUCUUCCGGCUGAUGAUGAUCAUGAAGUAAAUACAGAAGCGAUUAUCACUGCGUGAACAAGUACGUCUAACGCAUGCAACUUAUAACCUUAAAACAUUUGAACAGAGAUGGAACCUGCAGUCUACUAUCAGAAUAGGAAUCGACCCUCACUAUUCCUGAUGGACGAAUUAUUAUCAAAUUAAAUAUAUUAAAAUACAUACCGCGUCUGGGUUGUCCGAAAAAAUGAUGGAGUAAAUAAAUAUAAUAUAUUAUCUUUUUAACCAAAAAUAAAUUCAUCGAUAGUAUAAUGAAAAAUUGGACUAUUAUUUCGAAUAAAAUAUUUAAAUAAUAAUGAAUGAAUGAAUCUCUCGACUUAUGAGUAAAACCUAUUAAGUACAAAAAUCGUUUAUACAAUAAAUCAAGAAGCGAUAUUUUUAUACAUUUUACGAAGUACCCGCAUUUUUGCAUGUUGUAUUUUUAUAUUCAUUAGUUGCGAUAGUGAUACAUAGGCCUAGUUGUGAAUGUUCAAUAAUUCUUAAAUCGUGUAAUUUAAGGCUUUGAGAUUUCAACGAUCUGGAGACGGUAUUUUCUCCUUUAAAAAUAGGACAGUUUACCGCAAAGUUUGAUUUUUUUUGUUGGUUCGUGAGAUUGAAUUCGUUCUAUUUUUGAGUAAUUUCAUUUUCUAAAAAGUUAUAUUAGUUUAGUCCGACUGUGUUAUGUCUGGUUAAAUUCUUCUAAGUUUCUAGUUUUGUUGUUAGUAUGAAAGCACUUUGAUCUGUAGGUAGUUUGAUUUAAUACCAUACAUGUGUAAUGUUUGUAGCAAUGAAUAGAUCGUAAUUUUUAAACAUGUUAACUGUAUUCUCUUUUUGUUACAAGAGCCGCGCGGUCUGUUUGCGACUGCGGUGCGGACUAGGCGAGAACUUAUUGUUUGAUUCAGCUACUAAUUGAACUCACAUUCGUAAAAACAAUAAUGGAUUAGAUUUAAAGUAUUCUUUAGCGUAUUUUACUAGCUCAUUAUUUAUAAAUCUUUUUCUUUUUAGUCAUUGAUAAUAUAUGAGUGGGUAUUUUUAACUGUUAUUUUAUUCCAUCAGUAUUGUAAUAAUGGAAUGUACAAGACUUAGGAAUAGCGAUGUCUGUUUAUUAUGUAUCCAUGAGUAAUAUAAACAAUUUGUUAUGUUUUUAAAGUGAUAACCCUCACUUCUACGAUUAAUACACAAGUAAGCUUCACAUACAGCUCAGUUUGCAGAGCAAUCGCACGGAACGCGAGAGGUCGUGGGUUGGAAUCCCGCGUCCUUCAUAAAAUUUUGUUUUCAAAUUGCAUUUGUCCAUAAGUAAUUUUAAUUUUGUUCGAUACUUAUAUAACUUUUUUGUAUUACCUAUAUUUAAAUGCAUCUAUCUUAUGUGCAUGCUUUCUAUUAUUUAUUUCUUCGUUUAAUUUUUUAUUAUGGUUCUCAAGUUACCGCGAACUCGAUAAUCUGAAAUUGAACUAAUUUUAAUAGUGAUUUAGUAAUUAUUACCUAUGUUUUGAAUGUAAUGUUCCAUUGGGCGGCGAUCGAUAAUAACCAAUAAUAAGUAGGCAAUAUACGUAGUAAAAGAAUUGGAAUCUACUUCUCUAUAUUUGCGAGUUGGAAGUAUGAAGGAAGUACAAAAGAGUGUACCUAAAUUAUUUCGUACAAUUUCCAUAGAAAUGUAUCUUUAAUUUUGCAGAAACAUUAAAUUUUGUUUUAUUUUGAAAUGUUACUAUAGAAUUGAGUUCUAAAUUAUUUAAUGUCAUCAUAUCCUGCGCUUUUUACAGAUAACGUUAUUGCAUAGUUUAUAUUAUGGACUGUAUGUACAAUAAGGCUCUGCAUUCGUAUAUUUGUUAAUCUCAGUAUUAUUAUUUUACAAAAAUACUCUUUGAGAAUAGAUUAGAAUUUGAACAAUGUGCGAUUUAGUGCCGUUAGCUUAGACAAAUUAAUCACUGGACGCAUAGUGAGAGCCCUAUAGCCUCAGUAAACAAUAUGGCGCUGUCAGAAUAACGCAAGAUUACGAAUUGAAACAUUAACACAAAUAGAUAGUAGUAAAAAAAAUUAAAAAUACGCUUUUGUAGAAAACAAAACUAAAAAACAGAUAAUUUAUAUUGAAAUUAAAAAAUUAGCAUGUUAACGUUAGAUGAAAAUUAUAUAAAUUAACAAAAAUCUUAAAAAAGAAAAAAAAAGAAAAAAUAAUUUUAUCAAAUUAUUGUAUUAUCAUCUAUAAAUCUACAAAGUUUGAACGAAAUCUGGCUGUUUAAGCUUGGUCAAAAUCUCGCCCAAAUGAGUCGGUUACAAACAAACAGGUGAAGCUAAUAAAGAUUUAAAGUUCAAUUUAAACCUAUUAUUAUAGUAGCUAUUUUUUCAUUAAAUAAAUAAAACUAUACUAAGGCCAACGAGAUAAGAUAAAGAUUGUAAACAAACGGAUGGAUUGAGUAACGAACUACAUAUUAAUAUCCUUGUCCCUAUCACUCGUACUCGCGUGUUUCGUAAAACAGGAAAGCAGUCAGUACCGCAGUUGUUAGAAUUGAUUUUGGUCCGCCAUUUUGUAAACAAGUUCAUUCCCAAAGAGGAUUUAAAUACUACGUAAUAAGAGGCAGGACUGCUUAAUAAAAAUUGAAAUUUACUUUACUAAAUGAAACGUACAGUCAUUUGACAUAAGUUUGAUAUAGUAGUAAUUACAGGGUGGCGAUUGGCGACGAAGUAUAUAUAUACUUCAAACGUAGUGGAUUUCGGCUAUCCCCGUUUUUUACAAGCCGUCAUCUGUCAAUGACUGCACGUUUCAUACAAUCGAUUGAAUUACUUUAAGAAUAGAGUUUCACUAGGCUAUUCAUUACUGUUUGGAUUGCGUUCGAAGUGAUACGUAUUUUGUAUUUUCCGUUUUAACUUAGUAUUAUUGUUAUUAUUAUAAUUACACUCGAGAGCGUAUAAAUCGCACACCCCUAAAUUUUAAUUUUCAUUUUGUCUGCGAAUAUUAUUUAAAUUAAAGUACACUCUGUUAGUUAACUUCAAUUAGUGCAACCACUUGUGACACUACUUCCGGUGUCGUAUCCAUUUUCUUAUUCAGAGUGAUGGCGUAUUCGAUAAAGGACCUUUCUGACUGCGAGUUGGUAUGAAAAUGAUGUCAUUAACAUCAUCCCUUACUUAACCUUUUAAACUUUACUCAAAGUCCUACAAACCUGAAACGAGCUAUUUUGGGCCAUUCGGUUGUUAUAUUGCUACUUGAUUGAUUUCGAAGGUCAUAGGUUUUUAGGAAGCUAAUAAUAUGUACUUUAAUUUAAAUUAUAUUCGCAAACAAAAUUAAAAUUAAAAAAUGUUAGCGAUUAAAAUGUAGAGGUGUCCGAUUUCUAUGCUCUCGAGUGUAGUUGUUAAUUAUUAUUUUGGAAUUAUAGUCUGGCAGCUCUAGACAAACUUUGAAAGAUAGCAAUUCUUUUAAAUGUUCAAAGAUAUUGAUAAAAAAAUUUGGAAUCCCUAAAACUUGUUUACACUUUAUUUCGUCUUGUUGGCCCUUACUAUAGGUAUGUAAAUAUUAUAUUAUUUAAAUUUUUAAAGAGCUUAAGGCACCACUAUCAUUAUUUGAUAAUAAUUGUCAUCGUCCCUCCUUUAACCCGUGUUUUUGUAGUAUAUUCUUUAGUUUCGUGUCCAGUGAUUAAUUCGUCCAAAGCCGUUAGUUAUUUGUACAAGAACAUUAUAGUCGUCAUCUUAGCCAUAUUAGAUAAUGUACGUGUUGAAACAAUUAGAUGCUGUGAUGUAAAAAUAUUGUUACUCAUUUUUUAAUAGUAUUUCGAAUAAUGUAAAUCUUAUUAUUUUUAAAUGUUUGUAUUUUUUGUAAAGGUCCAGUAUUAUGUAUCUUUCAUCGAAUUAUGGAUAAACUUUUGUGUUGUAAUAAAAAAUAUAUAUAUAUAUAGAUAUUACAUUUGUUAACAGAUGCACCUUAGCGCUCAUAAUUCCUUCCGUAUUUUAAAAUGUAUAAUAACGUCACUUAUUCUAAUAAACAUAUAUAAGUAUAA